AUGGGUCAUGUUGUAAAAGGGCAACUAAAGGAUUAUUGGAGCCAAGAUCCACUGCUGUACAUUUUAAUAUACGGCGAAAGUCUAUCUCAAAAUAGAUAUCUUCAAAUUUUACGAUACCUUCACUUUUUUAACAAUGAAGAAGUUUCUAAUCAUCCUUUGAAAAAAAUCAAGCUAGUGAUGGAUCAUUUGAAAGAAAAGUUUGGUAAUACUAUUAUUGCUGGUGAAAAGCUUUGCAUUGGCGAAAGUUUAGUCUUAUGGAAAGAGAAGUUAAAAUUCAAACAAUUCGUACCAUUAAAAAGACACCGAUUUGGUAUGAAGAUAUUUGAAUUAGCGGACUGCGAAACAGGAUUUCUCUUAGAUUUUAUAGUAUAUACUGGCUCAGACACUGAUUAUGAGAAAUUUGAUUUAAGCGUUUCUGGUGAUAUUGUUGCACAUUUCAUGCAACCUUAUUGUAACGAAGGGCGUGUGUUAUACACUGAUAAUUGGUAUACAUCUCCACAACUGUCAGACUACUUACAUGACAGAAAUACUGGUCUUUGUGAAACUGUAAAAGACAAUCGUAAAGAAAUGCCAACUCUCAGUUCAAAGCUAGAUCGUGGUAAAACAAAAGUUGCCCACACCGAUUCUUGGAUAGUAAUCAAAUGGAUGGAUAAAAAGGAAGUUUAUGUAUUGACAAGUAUUCACGAACACCAGUUUUGUACAACUGUUAGGAAAAACUACAAAACCAAUAAAGAUAUUAUAAAACCCAUUUGUAUCGUGGAUUAUAACAAAAAGAUGGGUAAAAUCGAUGAUAUCAACAGACAAUUUACUACCCAUGAUCGACACUUAGUGUAUAGUCAAUCCAUGAUAUGA